GUUCAAUACAUCCAAUCAGUAAAAAUAAGCCUAAAGAUGCUUUAACAAUGUGUACAAUUUAAGUUUAACCAUGAAGUUAAGUUUCGUAUCAAAGUAACACAAGGAAUCAAAGGAACUCUAUUCCACGGUAUCUUUUAGACAUCUGUCUAUUGAAUUUCUUAUAUAACAGAAGAGAUUAAACACUGACUAAAGUUUUAUCUAUCAAACUGCGAGUUAAGGAUCUGAAGGUCACGCUACGCUGGUUAUCAAAGAUCUGAUACGCGCGCGCUCUCCACGAAUCGGAACACAGCACCCCAGCAUCUUUUGUCAGUCCGCCGGAAACCUCCCCGCAAGCCUGUGCCGUGGCUUUCCGUACAAAUAACAAAACUUCAUCUUCAUUUCACAUCCGAGAGUGCGAGCGGGCGUAGCACGCCUGCUCCGGCGAGACGAGCCGAGCAAACAUAUUCUCCGCGGUCAACAACUUCUUCGCUGAUUCGCCGCUGGUGAAUCAGCUCAAGGGCAUCAUGACUAGACAGACGAGCAGUGGCGGGGGUGAGCCGGGCCCACCGGACGAGCCUUCUCGCCCCGCCAGCCGGGGUCCUCCUUCCGUAGCUCUGAGCCACUCUGAGAGCCAGCUGUCUCAGCGAUCAAUGUCGCCCGUACGUGUCCAACGACAGGUGGCGUUCCUCAAACCGGCCGCCGAUACCAACCUCGACAGGAAAGCGUCCAUCGUGGAUGAGACCAGUGGCAUUACAAGGACCCAAAUGAAAGAAUUCCGCGAGGCGUUCCGCCUCUUCGACAAAGAUGGCGACGGCACCAUCACCAAGGAGGAGCUGGGCCGGGUCAUGCGAAGCCUGGGACAGUUCGCGCGAGUCGAGGAGCUCCAGGAUAUGCUGCAGGAGGUGGACAGCGAUGGUGACGGCAACGUCAGCUUCGAGGAGUUCGUCAGCAUCCUCUCCAAGUCCAUGUCCGUGGGCGGCGGCACCAGCUCCGCCGAGCAGGAGGAGCGCGAGCUUCGCGACGCUUUCCGUGUGUUCGAUAAGCAUAAUCGAGGGUACAUCUGCGCUUCGGAUCUGCGAGCUGUGCUUCAGUGUCUUGGGGAAGACCUUUCCGAGGAGGAAAUUGAAGAUAUGAUAAAAGAAGUGGAUUCAGAUGGAGAUGGUCGCAUUGAUUUCUUAGAAUUCGUCCGAGCGCUUGGCGAGCCGGAGGACGCCUGUGAUGACGAGGACGAAGAUGACGUCAUCGACACCGAGAUCGCGCUGCCGAGGCCCGUGGCCGCCAAUUAAAUCUCCCAAGUUAACCAACUUAGCGCCACUUGCACCAUCCCACUAACCCGUGGUUAACCGGUUAAGCCCAGUGUCAAAUUGUACUGGUAACCAUGGUAACUCCAGGUUUAACCGGUUAACCCCGGGUUAGUGGGAUGGUGCAAGUGGCUCCUACUGGACAGUCGCCAUUAGAUAUAUCGGAGCGCUCAAGGUGUUCACAAUUAUCUGAACAAAGGCCUUAAUAAAAGAGAUGUUAAAAUGCAUCUUCAGAUAAUGGCAACUGGACAAAACUUGGCUUUAAAGAAGAGUUCAAAUCACUACACAGUCGUAUAAGUUUUGGACUCGAGAUGACUAGACCCUAUUCAGGCAGGGCAGAAACUAAGUACAACGUUCGCGGGAACAGGCAAGAAAUAAUUGGAUGGAAAGUUGAUCGCCUAAGUACCUUAACAUUCGGAAGCUUCACGUAUAAUUUACAUAUUUCAAUAAAACAUUUGAAUAAGAGCUCUUUCACAUUAAUGUUUUUCGAGUGUAGGUACGAAUGUUACUAGGUACAGCGAGCUGCAAAAGUGCAUGGACAUAAUAUUAAUGAAAUCCGUUCAUAGAGUGGCCUUGCAGUUUUGCAGCUCGGUGUAAGUACAUAGGUAUUAUAUUUUUUUUAGUUCACAUAAAUGAGAUGAGCUCUUUAAUUUAUGUAAACUAAAGAGUUUUAACUGGACUUUUGUGAAAUACCUGCCGGGGUUUUCCCGAGGGUCUACAGUAUAGGGUUCUUUAAAAAAAGGGGUGUACCUACAGAUUUUUAAAGGGCCGGCAACGCACAUGUAACACCUCGGACAUGGAGUUGCAGGCGUCCGUAGGCUACGGUGACUGCUUACUAUCAGGUGGGCCGCAUGCUUGUUUGCCAAAGUCGUGGUAUAAAAACAAAAAAUAACCGUUAAAAAAGGUAUUACGACAUCUACCAAUAAUAGGUACCCGCGCGCUACCACGCGGCUCGUUCCGAAUUCGUGCUUUUGCCCUUAACGCUCAGAUUUGCUAGUGGAAAAUUGAAAAUAUCCUUAAUUAUUACUUAAUAAUACAAUUAUAAUCUAUGCCUAUUUAUAAUUAUAAAUACAUCAAUUUACGGUUUAAAAUAUUGCGCGUGUAAAUAGCUUGUGGUUUAUAGGGUCAGACCAAGAUAAGUUGGCAGCCAUUUUGAUAGCCAAGACAGUGCAAAUGUUAUUUUAAACGUCAUAAUUUAAUAGUAGUUUGACGUUUAAAAUAACACUUCAACUGUCUGGACUAUUAAAAUCGCUGCAACUUAGCUUGGCCUGACUCUAUUAAACGCUCCAUCCUGCAUUUAAUAAUGUCAUCAGAGUGAGAUAGCUUGUAACAAGCAUGGAUAUGAACAUUGUAUUAAUAACAUAUCUUAUAUAAUCGUAUGAAUGUAUUUUCGAGGACAAGUUAUUUGAGAAAUAAGAUAAUUGUAUGUGCUUAGGUACAUAUCUAUAGUUAGCUGCGAAGGAAAGUACUAACAGCGACACACGUAUAGAUACCUAUUAUUUUACUAAAGGGGGUAAACGAGCAAAGCUUAAUACAGAACCCCUAGUGUAAAUUUAUUCGAUAGCGUGAUGUAACGUACGCGUUUGCGUUAAGCCUCAUUAGUCAUUUUGUAUGGGAUUUAGAAACAUUGCUUGGCGCGCCAAGCAGGACGUUUUGGAAACUCAAAAUCCCAUACAAAAUGAGACUUAACGCAAACGCGUACGUCACGUUUCGCUAUCGAAUAAAUUUACACUAGGGGUACAGAUGGCGUUGAACCGUAAAAAACAUGGCAUGUCUUUAGACACACUCAACGAGGGGGGUGGGGUUAGGGUCGGCAACGCGCAUGUAACUCCUCUGGAGUUGCAGGUGUACAUAGGCUACGGAGACUGCUUACCAUCAGGCAGGCCGUAUGCUUGUUUGCCACCGACGUAGUAUAAAAAAAAAAACACUAC